AUGUCGAUGCAUUCAUCUUUUGAGUCUAAGUUUGAUGAGCCAAGUGAUGUUCUUAAAUGGGCUGAAGAGAUGCAACAAAAAUUUGGGGACGGUAUAAACAAUUCUUCCCAAAUAUCAGUACUAUCCAGGUGUCAACUCUCUUUUACACAAAAUGAUUUAGUAAACCUAAAGAUGAUCUGGGAAGCAUUGACACCUCAGCGUAGAUUCAUGUUCUCGAAGAAGUAUGGACAUAUAGCAGAGUUGAUGUAUAUACCGGUGAAUUAUUUUGCCUUAAGAGCCAUAAUUAAUUUUGGGGAUCCAGCAUAUGGUUGUUUCACGUUUGAGUCAUGUAAUUUACUGCCAACCAUAGAAGAAUAUCAAGCUAUGCUUAGCAUGCCUGAAAAAGAAAGAGAAAUUGUUUAUUUCUUUAACCCUAAGCAGACAACAAAAAGGACCUUGUCAAAGUUUCUAGAAACCGUCCAUGCCACAGAAAUUCAAAAGUAUAUAAAAGUUAAGGGUGGAGAAGAGAAUGUGCCAUUUGAUUAUCUAAUAAAGAUGACGCAAACAUACAUUGAUGAAGACAAAGGUCUUACACUAUUGGCAUUGUGCAUUUACGGAGCGGUGAUUUUUCCUAAAGCAGAGGGUUAUGUUGAUAGGAAAGUGAUCAAAUUGUUUUUUCAAAUGGAACGAGGAGUCAAUCCUAUUAUACCUAUUCUGGCUGAAACUUUUCGAUCUCUUAACUAUUGUAGAAAUAAAGGGGAAGGAAAAUUGAAUUGUUGUGUUCCUUUAUUAUAUAUUUGGAUACACAGCCAUAUCAAAUUUCCCGCAGAGUUUAGGUGUCCAAGGUUAGAUUUCAGUAGCCCAUGGAAUUUAAUGCGCAACACAAUCAGUGAGUUUGGUAUGGCAGUUUGGGAUCCAACAUAUCCAAGGAAGGAGGCUUGGUUGUCUUUCUUUGCAAAACUGACUUCUGAAAAUGUCAUAUGGAAGGCUCAAUGGAUGCCUUUAAAGGCUGUGAUAUAUAGAUGCGGAGAUUUUCACAGUGUGCCUUUGUUGGAACCAUGGGGAGGUGUUAACUAUACACCAUUGUUAGUUUUGCGUCAGGUGUGGCUCAAACAGUUUAUACCACCAACUCAUAAUCUGCAAGAGUCUGAUUUUUCAUACGAUCCUGAAGAUUGUCAAGGAAAAAAACGUCAAGCAGUAUGCGCAUGGAAAUCUAUAAGAAAGAUAAAAGACAAAGGACAUUAUGAAGGAGUUACUAGUGGGUACGAGGCAUGGCAGGCAAACAGAAGGAAGAAUAUAAUAGAUAUCUCAAGGGAGGUAGUUGAGAGCGGAAAAGAGACAAGCUUCGAACAACCAAAUCAGUGGAUUGAGAAGAGCAUAGAACUAGAAGAGAAAAAUCGACUGUUAGAGCAAGAGAACGAGAAGCUUCGUAAAGAGACAAGUCAAUGGAUGGAUCAUGCGACUUAUUUGCAGAACGAACUCGAAAAGACUAAGAGUUUCUUAAAAAAUCAAGAUAAGUUAGAAAAGGAUCUUGAGACUUUAGAUGAAGAGAUGAGACGAAUGAAUAAAGCAAAUAGGAGCUUGAAAAAUGAGAAGACAACAUUACAAGCAACAGUGGGGUCGCAAGAUGAAUAUAUUAAAGAUUUAGAAAAUUGGAAGGAAUAUUUUCUCAAGCUUGUCAAUGAUUUGAAUACAUCAAUUAGAAAACGAUAA